AUGAUCCAGUGGAUUUCCUGCCAUCUUACGGCUCUCGCACACUAUCACCAGCAUGGCUGGCCCCAGGUGAAAAUCAAUCUUUCUCUAGCUGUCUUACGGUGCCUCGAGGGUCCGAGAUCAGAUGAGAAAUGGAACCAUUUGAACUCUUAUGUGCUACCAGACAGAACGACCUAUGAUCUGGUCGAAUGGAUUUAUAGAGUCGACGUCGACUACAGUCCAGAUCGUGAGCGAGUGUCGACUUUGGUCGCUGCACACUCGUCGACCUUCUGGUGCCCCGAUGAAGUAUACGAAGAAGACAUCAAAGGCGCCAUUCGCAAGGCUGAACGGUUGGGAAUAUGCAAGUACCGGUUGUUCAAUCUGAUUUCAUGUUGCGCUCGAGGAGAUCAAGACCUGCCAGCUCUACUGGUCAUGAUUGAUGAUACACAAGCCGCUACAGCCAGUUGUUUUCGACAUCAAGAGGACUUUGCCUUGAGAGAUCUACCCGCCGUUGUGAGUUUUGCAGACUCGUCAGGGGCAAUCAACCAUGAAAGUUGCACCGCUGAUCAUUGUGAAUUUGCUUUACUCGAUAACACUCGAGUUGCUCAGAAGCAUAAAUGCGGAGAGUCAAACAUCCCUUCUUGCCCUCUGAUCCAAUUUCCUCAGACACCUCUGCAGACGGCCGAUCGACUGGUCUGGAAGUCCGUUGAAUUGUCGACAGCGUCCCGUGGGGCACCUAGUCUGACCAACGGCGAAUAUAUCGCCAUAUCACAUGUCUGGUCUGACGGAACUGGCGCAGGCACAAAAGGGCCAGGGGCGGUAAACAGUUGCCUCUUCCAAUACUUUUCUGAAGUCGCCAAAGCACUGCACUGCGAGGGCGUUUGGUGGGACACCAUCUCAAUCCCUCCAGAUCCGAAACUGCGUGCAAAAGCUCUCCGUAACAUGCAAAUCAACUUCAGUUCAGCCAAGCACACGGUCGUCCAUGAUGAAUACCUGGUUAACUUUCCCUGGAAAGACGACGGCACUCCCUGUCUGGCUCUCGUACUGAGCCCCUGGUUCACACGGGGUUGGACAGCCGUUGAGCUCAUAUCAUCUCGGAGCAUCAAAGUAUUGUUCAAGGACCCCAACAACGACCGGGCGCCGUUGAUCAAAGACUUGCGGAAAGACAUCCUGGCCUCCCGGUUUCACCAUACUCUAGGUCACAGAACAGCAACCAGAAUCAUCCGCAGGUUGCAGCAGACCAACGUCGAGCCUCGUUCAAUGCGCAACUUGAUGCAAAAUCUCAAAUCGCGAAACAACUCGUGGCCGAGAGAUCGCAUUGUGGUGGCAAGCUUACUUGCUGGGGUGAAGCCAGACCUGGACGCCGUCAACAUGGAGGGCCGUGUGAUGCAGCAAAUUAUCACGUCGUAUCCCCAAGUCGAUGCAAGCGUCUUGAUUCACGGUUCACCAACCAUCGUCGACCAUGGCCCGCUCUCCUGGUGUCCUUUGAAUUUGUUUUCUGGAUCCACUCCAAUCCUUCCACAGAAUGGCACGUGGGAGGCACUCAGGCUCGACAUUGACAAGGGCAGCGGCUCAUUGACGGGUAGAUUUUGGGCGCGGACUCUGCCAUCGCUGCGUCAAAACAACAUCGAACCCUUCUCAAUGCACAGCGCUUCCCAGCGCAAAAUCAUGUUGGCUCUCCAGCAUCCGGGCGAAUAUCUGGUUCUGACAUGUUAUCGACGACAGAGGUUGUGUUUGGUUAUCAAACCGACUCGACUAUCACGGGUUGACGAUGCUGGGAGGAAAUUCAUCGAAUGUGACUGGGUCGGCGUCGCUUUGAUGGAUAUUUCCUACGAUCCAGAGGGCUGGUUUCCGAAUGUUAAGGUACAAAUAGGCGCUACAUCGGGGCCACCAGAACUCGGCCUCAAAGCUGAAGAUGUCCUGGACAUCUACCAUGGACAGGAGCGGCCAUCGACCCAACAAGGCGACUAUUUCUCCCUAGAGCCUAUACACGAGGGGUAUGAGUGGAGCAUCCAGCAUCAGAGAUGGGAGAAGCACGGAGCACCGUACCUGGGCCUUUCCACAAUGCAUUGA